AUGGCUCGCGCUACACUCCUCUCUCUUGCCGAACAGGCCAAAGUGGAUGUGAUGAAACAACUUGGACUGACACUUCACGAGAUGUCCCGUCAACUCACGAGAAGUCGUAACGUCAUCCGAAAAUACCUCGCCGACCCGAUUCACCCGCCCGCACCCGCCCGGGGGGGCUCACCCCCCGCGGCCCCCCGUUGGCCCCCCGCAAUUAUUUAC